CAAUGGCAUGUCCAGAGGCAAAUCUGCAAAUGGCGAACGAACAAACCGCAUACAUAUCCAUCCAAGUCCGUGGGUGAGCAAUAAGAACUCGUUUAUUUAAUUAUAUUUUUCAAUAUAAGGAAAGAAGCAAGCGUUGUUGGAAAAUCGUUAUCCGUUAUUGACGAUGAAUUGAAUUAAGCUGAAUUUAUUUUGGCGCCCUGCAAAACAAAACCCUCCAAAGAUUAUCACAAAUGGGUUCUCAAAUCAUGAAAAUAUCACCAAUUGCUUCUUCUAGAACUACAAUUUUCAAUUCCACCCCUUUGCUCCCAAGAACAUUUCUCCCAAAUUCAACUCCCCCUGUUACAGGUCUAUUCAAGGCCAAGUUUAGACCUUUAUCCUAUCGACCACUUAAAGAAAGCGAUUUGGCACCUUGGUUUGGUGCAUCGGUUCACUAUCAGAGCAAGAGAGGCAUCAGAGGUGGGGUCGUAGCCAUGACUGCUGCGCCCGGAUCAGUUCAGAAGUCUGAGGAAGAAUGGCGUGCAGUUCUUUCUCCUGAACAGUUCCGCAUUCUCAGACAAAAAGGGACCGAGUAUCCAGGUACAGGGGAAUAUGACAAGUUCUAUAGUGAAGGUGUCUACAACUGUGCAGGAUGUGGAACACCCCUGUACAGGUCCACAACUAAAUUUAACUCUGGAUGUGGAUGGCCAGCGUUCUAUGAGGGCAUUCCUGGUGCAAUAAAUCGCACUCCUGACCCAGAUGGAAGGAGGAUAGAAAUUACAUGUGCUGCUUGUGGUGGGCAUCUUGGUCAUGUGUUUAAGGGUGAAGGAUUCCCGACACCAACAGACGAGCGUCAUUGUGUCAAUAGCAUUUCACUCAAGUUCACUCCUGCAAAUUCUGAUGCCAAAAUAUGAACCUUUUUCCUUAUUCUGCGCCCUCCUUCUGCAUCUUCUGUCUUAAACAUAAAAGUAAUUUUGAUCCAUUGAUGGAUAAUGAUGUUGUGCUGUUGAAAUAAAUAUUUCUUGUUACGUUGAGGAUAUACUGGUUAUCGAUGUCAUGUAUGUGCGCAAGUGCAAGGGUGUCCAGAAGUGAACUUGGUUUUGGCAACAGAAAUUAUGGAACUAGUUAUCACUUAUCAAGGGAAAAUGAUCUGUGAUCGUUGAAUCUGCUCGUUCAAUUUGAAUUUACUACUGUAAUAUGAUUAAGAAGUUUUUGUGCA